GUUUUAAAAAUAAUCUGAUCGUGCACGGUCACCGUGUUGUAUUCGACGUUUUUCAUUGAUUAAUGAGUGAAUAAAAGAACAGUCUGCGUAUGUACUACGAUACAGAAAAAGUAGAACAUUUUUAUUGAAAACAACCAAGAGCAUUAUAAACGAAUCACUUUCUAGAAGUGAACUGCUUUCCGGACAGUAUCUGUUGAAACUACGAACUGCGAGGAAGGUGACUGUUAGAGAGGAAAUAAAGAGAAGCAAAAGGAACAGUGAUGUCGUAGAGUAUACGUAAUUGAAGAAAGUAUAUACCUUGUUUCUAUUCUCUUACCGAUCGUCGAUCAAGAUUAGCGUGAUCUUAGAGAAACAAUUAACAAUUAACAAUCGUAGCCGUGAUAUUCUUAUAUGGUGUUCGUGCAGAGAAGACAAAAAUUUUGAUGCAAAACGCGACUAGCAGUGGGCCACUCAUCGUUACUAAAUAUAAAGAAUCCUAUUUAUAAAACUGAACAUUUCUCGGAGUCAGAAUGGAGGAAAUGCCGGAGAGAGGAUACUUUCAUUGGGCAGAUUGGCUGGUGUUCGGGCUGAUGCUCGCCGUGUCAGCCGCCGCAGGAUUAUGGCAUUACAGAAAAGCGCAGAAGUCGAGCACGGAAGAUUAUCUCCUCGGUGGAACGGGCAUGAGUCUCUUCCCUGUGUCCGCUUCUCUCGUCGCCAGUUUCAUAUCUGGCGUAACGAUUCUUGGAACUCCGGCUGAAAUAUACAAUUAUGGGACUCAAUAUUGGAUCACCAUUAUUUCCAUAUUUUUCUCGGGACUAGUGGUGGCCACUAUCUACGCUCCUGUUUUCGUCACGCUGGGGCUUAAUUCUGUUUACGAGUAUUUAGAGAUAAGGUUCAAUCGCGGCGUAAGGAUCCUUAUAUCGCUGAUCUUCGUUAUUGAUGUGGUCCUCUAUCAAUCGAUCGUGGUUUACGUUCCAGCGUUAGCGUUAAAUCAAGUGAGCGGCAUCGAUGUACAUUUGAUCGGCGUCAUUGUGUGCUCCGUGUGCGUGUUCUACACCGUUCUGGGCGGCAUCAAAGCGGUAGUUUGGACGGAUGCGCUGCAGGUUGGAAUCAUGGUUUCCGGUGUUCUAACUGUCUGCAUUUUGGGCACCUAUAAGCUGGGCGCUGCAAAAAUAUGGAAGGAGGCAUUAGCAACCAAGAGAAUCGAGUUUCUGAACUUCGACCCAUCUCCUUACACGAGGCAUACAGUAUGGACGGUGUUAAUUGGUUCAUGGCUCUACAGCACCGCUUACAUUGCUGUGAAUCAAACCAUGGUACAGCGAUACAGAUCGUUGAAAGAUUUGGCAACAUCCAAACUAUCGUUAGCGAUAUUCACGAUCAGUAUUAUGUUGUUCAUUUCGUUGUGCUGCUGGUGCGGCCUUAUCCUUUUAGCUUGGUGGUCGCCACCGAAGUGCGACCCUAGAGCCCUUGGCCAGAUCACUGUCGACGAUCAAUUACUGCCUGCUUAUGUUAUGGAAGUCGCAGGACAUUUGCACGGAGUGCCAGGCCUUUUUGUCGCUGCGAUUUUUGGAGCUGCUCUUAGUACACUUUCCGUGGGUUUCAAUUCAACGUCCGUCGUUGUCUUGGAAGACUUCGUAAAGGGUUGCUUCGGUAUGAAACUGAGCGACCGAUGUUCCUUCAUCUUCGUGAAGAUUGUAGUUGUUUUCCUCGGGUCAACAGCAUUGGGACUGUUGUUCUUGGUUGAAAAGUUGGGAGGAGUUUUAGUCAUUACCGGAAGUCUGGCAGCAAUUGCUGCAGGUACUUCUUUUGGAGUGUUCACACUGGGUAUCCUCUUUCCAUGGACAAACUCUAAGGGUGCAUUUGUGGGUGCUAUUGUAGGAUUUGCGGUCGCUGGCUGGGCAAGUUUAGGUGCAAAUUGGUCUAUCGGUGCUGGGCUACUAGUCUCUAAGAAACUUCCGGUACCCCUUUCUCAUUGCCCAGCGAAUGUCUCCGAAAGUUUCCUGAAGCAGUUUGAGCAUCCUGACGAAGAAGAUAUAUUUCCGCUUUAUCGAUUAUCCUACCAUUGGUUCACCGGAUUGGGCACGAUAAUUGUAAUCGUCGUAGGUAGUCUCGUUAGUUGGUGCACUGGCCCCAUAGACCCUUCCUCUAUCGAUAAGAAAUUACUAUCGCCAAUAAUUCAUCCGUUUUUACCGAAACCAAAGUAUCAGAAUGGAGUUAAUGCGGCAACUGUAACUGGCCCUACUGACUUCCACGCAACGGCGAGUCUUUUAUUAGCUGAUUUGAAAAAGAAACGUAGAGAUCAAAAUUUUCCCAACGGCGUUACAACGCAGACCACGUUUAGAAGCUGAGUAUUCAUCAAACGUUUAAAACAACCGUGUUAAACAUUACCGUUACUGAUAUGACAUUUCCAUCCAUGAUUCCGCUCGAGAUUUUAAAUCUAUGAUGCGAUCACGAAGUUUUACUUCAACUCACCUCUUUUGCAGUAUUCACAUAGACACUAGAUAGACAAUAAUGAAGCGUUGCGAUCAACAGGAGUCUUAUAAAACGACCGAUAAGUCGUGACUCUACUUAGGUAAAUGCAUAAACAAAGGCAACUACGUCCUUGUAAGGUUCGCUGCUAAGGCAGUUGCUACAAAUAUUUGUGUGCUGUUUUAUAAUUUGUAGAAAUAAAUUUUUUAUAUCA